AUGUUGUUUCGGGAUCAGAGCACUAUUUUACAAAUUUACAAAAUGACCAUCAAAAAGGUCCGAGAGCGGACAAAAAAGGUCAAAAAGGCUACAAAGGCAGCUGAGGACCCUAAAUCUGAUUUCCCUAAGUACAAGUUCAAGUGGCAGUACCAUUGCCCAAGGCAAAGGUGCGGGGAGGGGGAGGAAACUGUCGAUGGAAGCGACCAAGGAAUGGCAAUCCUGCGCAUUGUGUUACCCACCAGGCAGUCUGUAUACAUUGCAUAUACUAUGGCCACUGAUGUCUUCAUUCCGUCAUGGUCCUCAGCCCGAGUACCUCCAGGAUGCCAUCUGCUUCUUGAUCCACGGUGCCCUCCACAACUAGAGAUCUUGCAAGAGCUUCAUCACGGAAUCACUGAGCGACCCGAUGUCUUGGAUGCCAUCUUUCUUAAGACAGUCAUUGUCCCGGCCAGGGGUGCUUUCGCCUCGUUAUUGCUCUUCCGAAACUUCGGCAAGGACUAUCUGCCCGGAUUCAUGCGGGACAUCAAAAUCAGCAAUUUCAACCGUCGCUCUCGUCGUGGUCGUCGGCGCACUCUACGUGGCAAUUCCACUCUUGAAAGAGACUCAUCGGACCACCAAGCCUCCGCUAGGCACUGUACAAAAUCCUUGUAUGAUGAAUACAAGGUCCCAGAUAUUGGAAACAAUAUUGAUAUUGCUCGUGAAUCAUGA